CUCAUACCCAUAAGUUGCGUAGAUCAUAUUCUACGUAUAACAAUUCAAAUGGAGAACCCGUCACCGUCGCUCCAGCUCGCUGAUACUGAUGGCACCGGCCCAGUUAAACGGCGUAGGCCUGCUCUUUCAUGCGUUGAGUGUCGAAGACGAAAGGUCAGGUGUGACAGAGAGAAGCCCUGCGGCCCUUGUACUCGCGCCAAGAGCCCGACCUGCACGUAUAGGCCGAACCCACACACUAUAGACCGACGACCCAGAGCAGCGGCACCUACAUCGGCACACACAAACCAAGAUAGCUCGAAUCGGUCUUCUUUGCCGUCAUCAAUUCAGGCAAUUGACUUUGAGUCUAUGGUCAACCGGUAUAUUGCCCCAGGCAUCUUUGGACCUCAUGGAAGUGUAACGCUCAGUCACCUGCCGAGCCCGAAUGUAGACCCUGGGGCAUCAUGCUACACAUCCGCCAUCAAGUCUCUUGUAGAUAACGUAUUCGAUCUUGACGGCUCGUCUGCCAACAAGGACGAAGAGUCCUCAAAAGUUCUGAACAUACCUAUUCGGAACGCUGUACCUACCACUCCAGGCCAAUUCGUUAAAUCAAAAUUCUAUGGGGAAACACACUGGUUAAAUAGCAUCGAGCCGGUGAGUGUCUUUGAAAAUCCCCCGCUCAGAACCGAGAUUAACAGAGCCUCAGAACUAUAUCAGACUGUUCUUGAAUGUAAGAGAAUGGCUCGCACUAUUAAGAGUGCGCGCGUAACCAAACACUCGAUCUCCCCAGAAAUCCAGUCUUCGAUUCCAGCGCGAGAUGUGUGCGAUCAGCUUGUCCAAUGCUAUCUACGAACGUUUGAGGGAGUUUUCAGGGUCCUGCACAUCCCGACGUUUCUAGCGGAGUAUGAUUCCUUUUGGGGAAGCGCCGUCACAGGGAAGCCCACAGUUUUAAUUAAGAUUCUCCUCGUAUGCGCUAUUGGUGCUCCAUUCUACAAGGGCCUCGAAUCCGCAAGUCUUCGGUCGUCAUGUGCAAAGUGGAUGCAAACCGCCGAGACAUUUCUCAGCGCUCCGCAGGGGAAAUCACGACUGAACCUUACCGGACUUCAAAUACACAUCCUGCUUCUCCUAGCACGUGAAAUCUGCAAUGUGGAUGGGGGGGAUCUCACAUGGAUCCCAGCAGGUUCUCUACUACGGAGUGCGAUGCAUAUAGGUCUUCAUCGAGACCCCUCGCAUUUCCCCAAGAUUUCUGUCUUUCAUGCAGAAAUGAGACGUAGACUUUGGGCGACUGUAUUGGAGAUUACAGUACAGUCAAGCCUGGAUAUGGGUAUGCCACCCAUGCUCUCACUGAACGAUUUUGAUACCCUUCCUCCUUCAAAUAUCAACGACGAAGACAUGGGUGAAGGAAUCGAAGCGCUCAUUGAUCUCAAGCCACCACAGGUCUUCACGCAGACCUCAACUCAAAUUGCCUUGAACAAGAGCUUACCUCUGCGACUUAAAAUAACGCGGCUUAUUAAUAGCCUACGAUCAGAUCUGUCCUACGACGAAUCUCUUCGCUUAGGCUCUGAACUUAUUGCAAGCUGUCGUGCGAACACGCAGCUCUUCCAAGGUUUCUUUGCAUCGACCGCGAGUCCCACCACCUUUCAAGUCAAACUUCUCGACGUCUUAACUCGGCGGUUUGUCCUCUGCCUGCACCGCCCGUUCUUCAUAAAAGCGAAAGCUGAUCCUAAGUUCUACUAUUCUAGAAAGAUAUGUCUCGACACAUCGUUGUGCCUUCUUGCACCAACCUCAAUAGCUCCACAACCUAGCCUUGAGCACACGGAAAUGACACAGGAGGAUGACUGGGCUCGACUAACUACCCAUUGCGUCGGCUUCUUCAAAUCCAUUUUCCUAUACAGUACUACGACUGUUUACUUAGAACUACUCUCCCAAAUUGAGGAGCAACAAGAGGACAGAGUACCUUUUCCAACCUUCCUUGUCUAUCCAGCAAUGUCAUCUACGAAAAUCGCAGCCCUAGCACCUCGCGCGAAUACGGGAGCAGCUUCAACUCCUGACAGCACAACACCUUUGUCCAAAAAUCGUAUCAAGAACGGUGAAACUAACGCAAAAGGAUACGUUUUCCUUGCAUGUGCACUAGCUCGCAUCGACGCGAUAGUGUCCGGUACUGAUCCCGAUAAAGCAGUUCUUAGUGCUGCGAAAAAGAGCGCUGCGGCCUGUGCAGACUGGAUGAGGAAGACAUAUCAAGAUGAAAAUAAUGUCGAGAUGAAUGUUGGGGCCCUACCACAAAUGCCUGCAGAAAAAAAUGGGAGUGUCGGCACCGAAACAGGGGACUUUGGAGGACUGGGAGUAAUGGAGGAUAUGGAUUGGGAUACGCUGAUGCAUGAUGACACCAUGGAUUUUGGAUUCGGGUUCGAAGAAAAUGAGAGUUGGUGGCUUGGGGGGCUGGGGGGGACGGAACUAUAG